GCAACUACAAUCCUGGGCAGUGUUGCAGUCCGGCUUGGAAACAGCUACGGUACAGGAAGGGGUUGGACUUACUCAAGCAAGUGAGUGUGCGUGGCUCGGACAGAAGAGCAGAUCCGGGGCGGAGGGAAAGACACAGAACAAAAGAAGCAGAGUCGUACCGUUCAUAAGCCUGUCAUUUGUGUGUAUUUGUUUUAAAUAAAUUAUUUGUGCUGAUCGCUUCUGCAUUUGGGAAUACAUUGUGGAAGAAGUUGCAGUCUCGCGUUGCCCGCCUCGCCCCUUGAUCUGGGCCUGAGCAGUCUCUGACGACGAUCCUCGGAGUUCGACCCAAGUGAAAACUGCCGCAGCCUGGAAUCGCCUUCUAAGUGUUAGCCGUCAUUAACUAGUUAGAGAUGGUGAAGGAGGAAGAGAACCUGAUAAUAGAGGAGCAGAUCUCCCAGGAGGAGGAGGUGGAGAAUUUGGUGCAAAUAGUUCCUCAUCCAGAGGAAGGUCUUGAACAAGCUGAAGAAUCCCUGCCAGAAGAAUAUGAAAUAAAUGUUUUCCAGAUUCCGGGGGACAACGAGCCCUGUUACAGCGAAUUUGUUCCUGACAGCCAGCAAGUUUACAUCCCAAAGAAGAGGCGGCGCAGGACAGUGUCACCUGCAGGAACAGCUGUGGAAUCCAGCAAAACCACAGUUCAGAAUAAGGCCCCAAAGGGAGGAAGAGUCUACAAGUGCCCUGAUUGUGGAAAAAUUUUCAAACGGUGCUCACCUCUCAUCAGACACCGAAGAACCCACACUGGAGAGAAACCAUACAUGUGCCGGGAGUGCUUGAAACGCUUCAGUGACAGCUCGGCCCUUGUGAAACACCAAAGAAUCCAUGCAGGGGAGAAACCUUAUACCUGUCCUGAGUGUGGGAAGAGCUUUUCCCAAAGCUCAACCCUUAUUGCACAUCAGAGAAUACAUACUGGAGAGAAACCUUACAAGUGCCCUGACUGUGGGAAGAGCUUCAGCGUCAGCUCCAACCUUGUUGCUCAUCAAAGAAUCCACACUGGGGAGAAGCCUUUUGGCUGUCCUGUCUGUUUGAAAGGCUUUCUGGUCAGCUCCCAUCUUAUUAGGCACCUGAGAAUCCACACAGCAGAGAAACCUUAUAUUUGCCGAGAAUGUGGGGAAUGCUUUACUCAGAGCUCCCACCUUGUUGUACAUAAAAGAAUUCACACUGGAGAAAAACCUUACUUGUGUUCAGAGUGUGGGAAGAACUACCGUGGGAUCUCUGAUUUGAUCCAACAUCAGAGAAUUCAUACAGGAGAGAAGCCCUACAAGUGCUCUGAGUGUGGGAAAUGCUUCAGCCAGAGUUCAUGUCUUAAGAAGCACCAGAGAAUCCACACAGGGGAGAAACCUUAUGUGUGCCUUGAAUGUGGGAAGAGGUUCAAUCGGAAUUCACAUUUAACUAGACAUCAGAAAACCCAUAUGGGGUAAUUCCAAAGAAUAAUUCUCUGUCAAGACUGGAAGCUCAUCUCCAAAAUUCCAACUGCUAUGAGAACUAAAGCCAGUUUUCUCAAAUAGUUAGCCUUUCCCUUCCCUUCCCUUCCAAAGUCUCCCACAAUCUCACAUCCUGGCUGAGAUCGGAGAUGCUGCCAUAUCAUUUUAAAAUGUCAUUUAGCUCUGGUUAAUCUCUGGUUCCCAGAUUUCCUGUUUUCCAUUUUGUAACUGGAUCAUAGAAUCUUUCCUUGGAUUAUCUAUAUUGGGGCUGGGGGGAGGUAUUACCUGUUAAUAAGUUGUCUUCAGAGAUAUUAUCUCCUGAACUUGCCUAUAAGCUGUAGAUCUCUAGAUUCCUUUGAUGGCCUUUGAUGAGGCCAUAUGGUUUCUGAUUCGUUGUUCCCAACCCCUACAAAGUUGUGGUGGAGGAAGAAAGACAAUGAGACCUUGACUUACCAUAACUUAGAACAACCCUUGUUGUGAUGCUAACAUCCUCCCUCUUCUCUAUUGUGGGUGGAGAAGGAACAAACUUAUACACUUCCCCUAUUGGAUCUGCUGUGUGUCUCUGUACUGCUGUUCUUUACGGCUAGUGGGAGGUUGCGUGAUUUUAAAAAACCCUGAAUCUCCAUAAACUGGCUCAUGAUAGGGUUUGCCAUACUGCAAAAUGGGCAGUCACUGAUAUACUGAUUUGCCUGUUGUUCUAGUGGUAGGUGACAGGGCUUUGACUGCUGUGAAGUCUGUGAUAAGUGUGGAGUCAUUUAUUCUGUCUCUAGGCAUAAAGUCAUGAUAUCUCUGACCUAAGCCUAUUCUUCAGUUCCUCAGCCCCAGCAUUCAAUCUGCUACAGUGUCUCAUGGUACCCUAUGAAACAGGAAAAGGUUCUCAUUAAACGCCUUUUAGGAUAUUUGGUCUGUCUGAUCCCUAGCAUGCAUUGUGGUCUUGCAGUAGGAACAUCUGAGGCUGAAAUUUUCAAAUGUAUUCUUUUCCUUUUUUAAUUCCCCCCCCCGCCUUUUCAGUGGGAACUUUUGAUAAUUGCGUGGGGUGAGGUAUGUGAUUUUAAGUGACUUUAGUAUUGCAGCUAAGAGACUGAGCUAUUGCAAAGUCCCUGGUUCAAAUGUCUCUACAUCUGUGAACUUGUUAGGUAGCCUUAUGCAAGGCGCACCCAUUCAGCCUCCACCCUUUAUCUGCAACAUGGAGGAGGUUGUUGUAAGCAUUACUACAGAACAAUGUAUGCGAAGUGCUCUGAACACUCUAAAAGUAUUACAUAAAUGCUAAUAGUCA